GGACUUUUCAAGAGAGCGCAAGCACAGUUGGAGGAUUUUGGGGACAGAGAGGAUGGCUCUGCGCUCUGCGCCCGUGUGGCUCCUGGUAUUGGAGGUGGUCGCUCUGCAGCACGCGUGCCUCGGCUCCUCCUCACAUUCUCUCAAGGUUCUCUUCUUCGCCAUCUCGGAGCCCAAUCAGAGGCUGUCCUACUCCAUUGUUCUGGGCUAUGUGGACAGUCAGAUCUUUGCUCGCUAUGACAGCAACAGCAGGGAGAUUCAGCCUCAAGUCUCCUGGAUGGAGAAAUUGAGGAAGGAUAUUCCCCAAUACUGGCAAGCUCUGACUAAUUUAGUACAUGCCGAAAAUGAUAUGUUCAGAAAUGACCUGGAGGAUUGGAGGAGUGACUACAAUAAGGACAAAGGCCUUCAUAUGCUGCAGGGCAUCCUAAGCUGUGAUCUCCAGGGAGAUGGGAGCAAAAGACAGUUUGUGCAGGGGGCUUAUAAUGGGGUGACUAUUAAUAAGUCUAACAUGGAUGCGUGCAACAUGGAGUACUGCAUUUGCAUUGAGUUGCUAGAGAAGUUCCUGUCUUACGGGAAUGAGACGCUGCUGAGGACAGAGACUCCGACGGUGACAGUGAGCAGCAGGACGGAGGUGGAGGAUGGGAUGGAGAUGCAUGUCUGCCGGGUCCACGGCUUCUACCCCAGGGAGAUCGAUGCCUCCUGGACGAGGGACGGGGAGGUCUGGCUACAGGACACUCUUCACGGGUCUAUAGCCCCCAACACGGAUGGGACCUACCACUACUGGCUCAGCAUCCAGAUUGAUCCCAAAGAGAGGGGCCGCUAUCGGUGCCACGUGGAGCACGACGGCCUGCAGGAGCCUCUGGACCUGGCCCUGAAGGUUCCAGGAUCCAACCUGGGCCUCAUCAUUGGCUGUUUUGCGAUUAGUCUUGUCAUGGUGUGUGGGAUUGUUGGGACUUUGAUAUUCUUAAGAAAUCACCGACAAGGCCGGGGUGAGCCGCAGAGGGCCACUUCUUUCUGAACAAGACCAACUUUACAUCUUACAGGAGUGCUUGGGGGAUGGGGGAAAUGAAAAGAAGGAGAAGAUAGAGUUACGAUACAGAAGGAUCUUGUCAGACUUGGAAC